AUGAUUGCAGGUUUCUUCUUUUUUUUUGGCCUUCUGGUGACGGCCGUGAGUGGUGCCAGUGUCUCCGAUCUUGUAGGCACUUGGACUACUAAGUCCCGCAGCGUCUUUACAGGUCCGGGAUUCUUUGACCCGGCUGAAGACAGGCUCAUCGAACCAAGCCUGACGGGAAUCUCAUACUCAUUUACUGCCAAUGGACACUAUGAAGAAGCGCAUUACCGCGCCCUUGCCAAUCCACAAGAUCCUUCAUGUCCCAAGGGGAUCAUGCAAUGGCAGCAUGGUACAUAUUCUGUGAACAGCAACGGAUCCGUAUCACUGAACCCCAUUGCGGUCGAUGGUCGCCAGCUCUUGUCGGACCCUUGUGCACAUUCAAUUGGAAUAUACACGAGAUAUAAUCAGUCAGAACUCUUCGACUCUUACACCGUCUCCAUAGAUCCUUACCACGGCAUCAAACGUCUGGAUUUAUAUGCAUUCGAUGGAUCGCCUAUGCAUCCAAUGUAUCUCGCUUACAAACCCCCACAGAUCCUGCCAACCUCAACUUUGAACCCAAUUCAUGAUAAGAAGCGCAAGCGUCAGCUCGGAGGGGAAACUGAGAAGUCUUUUAGUAUCAAACACCUUGUCACCAAAGAGGAUCUUAUGAAUCCUGAUCGCUGGUUAUGGUUUGGCAUCGUCAUGACUUCUCUUGGUGGCGUUGCCUUUUUCUAUUCUUGAUUACUGGGAUCUGAAUAUUUAUACAGGGGCGCAACAUAAGGCAAGGCUAUUGGUGGGUUUUGGAGUUCCGGAAACAUGAGUAACGAGAACAUUUAUGGUUCCUGUACUCGAGGGCCCAAUACUCUAUGGUUUACGGAUAUGAACUGGCGCUGGAGAAUCUGCAUCUGGAGUUUUCUGGGCCUUUCACGCCAUGGUGGUCAAUUCUCACUCUGUCGUGAAGGGACUGUUUCACUUUGUUUCAUAAUGGUUGGCUCAUGGCAGAAAUAAUGCGAAUUGGGAUGUACAAGUACUCUAUAAUUGAAUUCUAGCCUUUUGUUUUUAUGUUCAGUAACCAAUGCUUGUCCAAGAAUACAG